CCUGUAUGCAGGCGCCUACAUCACAUGCGAGAUCGGUAUCAUAACAAUAAAAUGGUGAACUAUGACUCACAAGAAGGAUUUUCUGUUAUAUCUACUACUGUAGCUGAUACUACUGUGGACGAUGAUCUACACAUUUUCUCUGAAAAAUAUUUCAUUGGCAUAGGAAAGAAAUUUAACAGUGAUUUGCAAAUGGAAAGUAAAGCCAACGGCCAUUAUACGGAAAAGCCACUGCGAUUUGCAUUGAAACCACAGCAAUCACCUUAUUUAGUAUCUCCAACGUCUAGUAUUUUGACAUUAGAAGUAGUGCAUUUUCAUCAUGCAGGCAACUAUACUUGUGCCCCUUCGAAUGCGAAAUCAGUCAGUAUUACUGUACAUGUCUUGCGAGGAACGACCACAACCGGCGAGGCAUAGUUGGAGCUACUAGGCUGAAUUAUACCUUCCUUUAACCAAUCUUCGAUUUGCUUGUCGACAAACCGGCGAUCUUCAAAGGACAUUCGCCGCGGUUGUUGGUAAAC